GUGAAAGGAAGAAGUUUUUGUCGUCCCACAUAUCGCCUCAGUCUGAGUGAAUCGCUGUUCUACUAGUGGUUAUCUGUGACUCUCCCGCGAAAGAUAGAUACACACGUUGACUGAAGGAGUUUGUUUGUUUUUGCAACAAGCAAACAGUCCGGCAACUUCCUAUUUUGCUUUGCUUUCUACCUUGAGGUAAUGAUCGUUUCACACAAAGUCGUAAUUUAACACUUGUGCGUUCGUUUCGGUACUGGUGCGUCGUGUUCUGUCCUAAUUAGCUAAUUCGGUACAGUUGGUGCGUGCAGUGUAGUGUUCCGGUAUAGGAAAACCACAGCCAAAAGUCGCCAGGUAAACGGCGACAAAGGCUGGGACGGUUUAGGUAGAUUUUUUUUAAAUAUAUAUUUUUUGCAUUUUAGCUGUCACAACUGAGUCGAAGAUGUAUAGUAUGAUGGAACACGAGUUGAAGCCUCCUGGCCAGCAGCAGUCUCACCAGACCUCCCAAGGAAUGUCUCCGGUGAACGGAAUGGUCAGCUCUCACCCGGGAUCCAAAUCGGCAUGUCCUCCUGGAGUUGACCCCAUGGACAAAGUCAAGCGGCCCAUGAACGCCUUCAUGGUCUGGUCGCGUGGCCAGCGGCGCAAGAUGGCCCAGGAAAACCCUAAGAUGCACAACUCUGAGAUCAGCAAGAGGCUGGGCGCGGAGUGGAAACUCCUCACCGACGCUGAGAAAAGACCGUUUAUCGACGAGGCCAAGCGGCUCCGGGCCGUACACAUGAAGGACUACCCCGACUACAAGUACAAGCCCCGCCGCAAGACCAAGCCGCUGCUCAAGAAGGACAACCAGGUGGGCAAGUAUCCACUGUCUGCGGGGAACCUGCUGGCCGCUGCCGCCGCCCAGGGACAGGGUGGAAGCCCACGGAUGGACAGUUACGGGUGGGGUCCCACUGGCGGUUACGCCGGCAUGCAGGGCGAGGCCCUUGGAUAUACCCAGCAGCUCCACCGCUACGACCUGUCAGCUCUACAGUACCCUCAGGCCAUGUCGGCGCAGACAUACAUGAACGGCGGCAACUCCUACAGCCCCAUGUCCUACAGUAGCAGUCCCCAGCAGCCUAGUCCAGUCAUGUCCAUGGUGAAGCCCGAACCCGUGUCCCACUCCCCGACGGGGGGCCACAACCCCCACCGAGGGCCUCUCCAGGGGGACCUUAGGGACAUGAUCAGUAUGUACAUCCCAGGAGGAGACGGGAGCGAGCAGGGAUCCCAGAGGGGCUACACCAGUGUCCAGCAGCACUACCUUGGAGGAACCAUGCCUCUUACACACAUCUAGGAGGCAGAGGGCCCAAACCUGGGGCUGGGGACCCCAACCAACACACACCUGGACUGGGAAAGUAGAUGGACCUUGCAUGGCCAUGUUCUCAGUCAUUGUUGGUUGACAUGUGUACACACACACACCUACACUGAGACUGAACCCAAGUACAGACGAGUACACACACACACACACACAUGCACUCUCCACGGUCCUGUUACAUUUAGUCACUACAAAAAAACUCUUUUCUACCUCCUUUUAUUUUCUGUUCUCUGGCCCCACCCCUCCCCCUGGGCCAUCUCUCUCCUCAUCCCUCUCUGACUGACACCCCCCUGGACCAUCUCUGCAACACUGAAAAUCCCAGUCUUCCUGAUGAACUUCUGGUUAUGAAGGACUCCUAGACCCCCCCCCCCCCAAAAAAAAAUAUGUACAUAUUUUGAUACCCCCCCCCCCCCCCCCCAUUUGUUUUUAAAAACUUAAUGAACUGAACUUGACGGCAUUAACUUCCAUUCCGCCCCUCCCCCCCACCUUUACGUAUUCCGGAACCCUUCCCAGUGUUCCGAUGCGUGAUUAGGGUUCCAUCAGCUUUCCACAAUGUUCCAUUGUGCGGUCCUCCCUGGAUAGUUCCCCACGGGCACCGUCCGUUUCCUCUCGCGGUGUUGGGCAAUCACAACCAAUCCCAAACUGGUUGCCCACCCGGGUGAGAGGAGGGGGGGGGGGGCGGGGUUGGGGUGGUUGGAACCGUACAAUAGACACCCAUGGGAUGUGCUUGGGAACCGGGUCAGAUGAUCGAAAACCUGCAGGGGCCAGUGACAUACAAAUCACAUGACCCUCCCCCCUCUCACGUGCACACGCACACUGAGAAUUCUGACUGUAGAACCAGUUUGAUUGUGUAACCCGAUUGAGUGAGGGGGAGGGGGGGGGGGGGUGGGAAGGGUGGUCCUCUUGUAACACUGGAUGACAGACUGAGUGUGAACUUGGAAGGGGGGGGGUGAUACACACAGAUAACUUGAAAGACCAAUGCGAGUUUUAAGUUUUAUAUAUAUAUAUAUUUUUAAGUACACAGCCUUUGGGUGCCUUGUGCUUGGUGAUAUAAGUGCUCUUGUAGUUUUAAAAAAAAAACGUCUUGUAGUUUUAAAAAAACACCUUCAAUCCCAUGAGCUGACACAUGGUAGGCAGCCUGUUGGACAAUCUCAUCAGUUCUCUGGAUUCAGUGGAAACCCACACUAGGUGUGGGCUAGUCCUGCUGUCCUGACGACCGCGGUGGUCCGCAACACUUCGGCCUUCUGGCUGGUCUGUACGGAGGCUUGGUGCUGGCUAAUCUUACUGCAGACAUCAACACAUCCAACUCUUCAGCAACACAUUGAACUUUUAUAGCAUAAUAUGUCUGAUUUUUAUAUUCAUUGACUUUACAGUUUUAACAUCAUGUCUCUUUGCCGUACCAUGUAACCAUGGUAAUUAGACGACAUUCUGAGCGGUUUGUAAAUGAUCUGUUUGGUACUGGUGCCAGCGACCCAUGUUGCCCACACUUGCUGUAGUGUCCAAGGAAAGAGGUUUAACAUGCCUGGACUACAGUAUACAAUCACUGGAUGCGUUUGGAUCAAGUUUAUAAGCCUGCUGGCUGUUAGGUUAUCAACAUGUCUUUUUACAAAUGACACUUCAGUGAUGUUCUCCAGGCACAAAUGUAAAAUCCACAAGCAAAGUUGAUUGGACCUAUCAAUUCAGUUUGUGUCUUAAUUGUUAUGUAAACUCCUGAAGUCGUUUUCACUUCAAACUCGUAUGAGAACAGACAUGUGGAGGGUAACUUUAGAUCGUAGGGAUGUUGUUAGGUCCAACUUGAAGAUUCCCACUUCCCAACAAUUUUGCCGUUAGAAUUACUAUCUGGGUGAGUCCUUACGUGUGUGAGAUGCAUUUUGAAAUGGUUAGUGUGGUUACAAGGAUUAUGCUCAAUUUUAGUUUCUGUACAUCUACAAUCGCUAACCCUGUUCAUUAUUAGUUAACCAGUGCUGCUACGAAGUUAGGUGUGAGGGAAAUAUUUGUUUUUGUUUUUUCUUUGUCUGAGAUCUCUGGGUGUAGAUUGUUAGACCUGUUGAGGAUUCACAUUUUUACCAUUUUGUGAGGAUUCCACCCAUUAGUGUUAUGCAAUCCAUGAACUAACAAGAACUUGCUUGCAUUUAAAAAGGGAAUUUGUCACUAUACUGAACCUUUUACUUUGAUAUCUGGCGGGAUUUGAAAUGAUGUAAUUUAUAUGAAAGUAAUAAUGAACACGAAUGUUUACAUUGCAAUCCAAGUAUGUAAAACUUAACGUUUGUUUUUCACUUUUGUAUUUCUAUUUUAGUAUGUUAAUACUUUUGCUGGUUGUAAAUAUACUGCAAGAUGUUAAGGCUUGUCAGGUUGUUGUGUAUAGUGUAUAAACAUUAUCUUUUUAAGAUCCUUAUACUAAGGAUCUUGUUUUUUUUUUUUGGUUCAAAACUGUUAUUGUUCGUAUGGCAAUGAUGACAAACAAAAAAAAAGUUAAUAAAAAGUCAAAACAAA